AUGAAAAAAGCAUCAGUGGAGUCAAUCAUUGACGACAUCGAGCAGCUUUUAAGGAUACCCUCUCUUAUUGACAACUCAAAAUCACCUCCCCAAAUUAUUUCAGCGCUUUCCAAUGAUCCUAUCAUUCUCACUUGUGGCUGCCUCAUCUCCGAAAAGCUCGAAGAAGAACUUGUAAAUGAAGAAUCCAGUUUUGGAUGUCCCACUUGCGGAAAUCCAGAAUCAAAAAAACUAAAACAGUGUGCUCCGCUGAAGUCCGUUAUUGAUUAUAUUUUGCAGUUUAGGUCUGAUACUGAUUAUGGGGUGCAGAUCAAGGAGGACGUAAAUGCUGAUUUUGAUGAUAAUAACAAUGAAACCCGUAAAACUCUUCUAUCAGCAUUCAACGAGGUUCUCGGCGAAAUAGAAGAACCAUUGAUAAGGCAUAGCUUUCAACCAUUGGACGAUCAACCAAAAAUCAUCCAUGAUUUCCCACCAACAUCCCAAACAAAUCAUGAUUGGAUCAAAAACCACUCUCAUCUCGGAUUGCAAGCUCAAGAUACCGCAAUGGUCACUACACAUUCACAUCAAACACAAAACAGUCGCUCACACGCUCAAAACUCUUACUCCUCAAAAUCGCUGUCCGGUUUUGUAGGAGAUAAGGAAGAUCACACCAAUGAUAGUCUUAAGGAUGUGAACAAAGAGUUCUUAUAUGCUAAAAAUUUUCCUCUCUAUCGCAAACUUUAUCAGCACCAUACUCAUCACUCAAAUUUCCCCUUUAAAACAAAGUUAUUCAUUAAUACAGAUUUCUCUCCACACCUCGACAAAUUGGUGCUCUUGAGCGAAAAAAAAUGGGAAGUUUACCAUUUAUCAGUCAACCAUCCAGAAAAACCUCCCUUGUUACUAUGCUGUGGAAACAUAAAUGGGGAUUACGGAGAAACAUUCAGUGCCCUAAAGAAAGUUAAUGCUAACGAGAUCAUAAUGAACUCCAAUUUUGGUGAGAAUGCUAAAGAUUCACUGGAAUCUUUGGCCAAUUGGGAGCAUUUAUUUUGCAAGAUAACGGAAGACAUCCUGAUCAUUUCGGGAACACGUGGGUUUGUUCGCUUUUUUGACUUACAAUCUAAAGGGAGGCCGCUAUAUACGUACCAAUGUCGGUUUCCUGUUAGAUGCAUAGAUGUUUCUUCUGAUGGAAAGUAUGCUAGCUUGGGUGUAACAGGUAAAGACAAGUUUACUGGAUUCGAGCAAGCAUUUAUUAUUCUCCUAAAGCUUGAACUUUUGGAAAUAAAGUCGCACAUCUCUUGUUCCAAUGAAGGUGAAAAACCAUGUGCAGCUGGACACCUGGAUGCCAAUUUGGGAUCAUUUUAUUCCGCUACAUCGGCAGGGUCAAGAACCUUACAAAUCCAAUAUUAUCCUUUCACACUUCCAUAUAGGGAUCCCGUGUCCAUUUUGAAGUUUUCUCCAAAUUGCAGAUACUUGACUGUUGCGACCGCAUUGGAAUCCAGAUUCAUGAUCAUUAGUAUCAAAGAUCCCACAAGACCAGUGAUGGUGAUGAAGUCUCAAAGAAAACUGGAUACUUCUCUGGAAAGUGAAGGAAUAACCGAUUUAAGCUUCUUCCCUGAUAAUAGACUCAUGACAUUAACUUCUGUCUCGUACAAUUCAGUGCCAAUAAUCAUUGAUACUAAAAUUACAUCUAUAUCUGGUCCUGAAGGAAUUGCACAUCCGAAACUUCUUGCAAAAGUUGAGGAGGUCGGAAACACUAUUCAUAAGUGUUGCGUGUCACCUCGAGGGGAUUCAGUUGCAUACCUUGAUCGCUCUGGAGCUGUCUACGUUAUGUCAACAUCAAGAAUUGAUGACACUGACAGCAAAAGGUUGGUUGUUGUCACCGAUGUCAGCAACUCAUACCAAGUGAAAGAAGCAGCCUCUUUGAGAUUCGAUAAAGAUGGCUACAAGCUUUAUGUCUUGGAUCGAAAAGGUCUUCUCACAAUUUCCGACUUCACAGCAGGUACGAUGGAGGAUCCUUCUAUUACCAGAUGCAAAAUUAUUAUUUGA